AUGGAAGAUGCCAGAAUUAAAGCCUCCAAAAAGAAGUGUACAGACUAUGAAAUCUAUUCCGAAAUCACUGCUGUGACAUCAACCGCUGACAUCCAUAAUUCAUAUAAGCCAUUUACCAAUGACGCCGGUGUCGACAACACCACUUUAUUGUCAUCGGGCAGACAUGCUCCACCUCAUUAUCCCACCCCAACUAGAAGAAGACAUCGCACCACCUUCAGCCAAGAACAGCUGGAGCAUCUAGAGACAGCGUUUGGCAAGAAUCACUAUCCAGAUAUCUACUGCCGGGAAGAACUGGCCAAGAUCACCAAGCUCAAUGAAGCCCGGAUACAGGUUUGGUUUCAGAAUCGGAGGGCGAAACAUCGAAAACACGAAAGAACGAAUCAGAAGUCAAUGACAGCAAGUGGUAUGAUUGCCUGCGGGAGCCUGAUUCCUGGUGUGUGCUCCGUGCCUCCUGGAUCUCGUCAGUACCAGUAUCCCCACACCCUGAACCACAUACCCCGCUUCACAUCUAUGGCACCUGCAGGGUACCAGCCAGCAUCAUCCGUCAGUCAGUUCAUGUGUUCUAGCACACACCCCCCUCUGCCCGCUGCCACCCCACCCACUCGCCUACAUGAUGACUGGUACAAUUCACUGCGGUCUAUCAAUUCCCCGGGCACAGGAUUAGCGUCAUCAAUGAUAACCUUAACACCAAUGACUGCCAUAGACCCAGCGUCACCCUGGAGUUAA